UUUUGAGCUCCAUUUUCUUGCGUCACUUGAUUGUAGGGAGGGGAGGGAAAGACUCCCAAAAACCCGGGGGAGAAAAACAAAAAAUGAUGGAGAAACAGAGGGUGGCGUUUCUCUGUCUCUUGCAUGCUCUACUUUUGCGUGCAUGGUUGACUAUGUAGCAACUCAUGCAAUUCAUCAUCCACAUUCUACCUUUUGCUAUCCAUCUGUGAAUUGAAUUGAAUGUGAAAAAAGAUGCGAUAGAUGGGCAUAUUCAAUGUGGAUUUGAAGGAGCGAAAGAUUUUCCCGACCGAUAGAAAGCUGGCAGGGUGGAGAUCCUCGAAGACGACGGCCGCAGCGGCGGCGACGGGGUCAGCAGACGGCAGCGUUAGGCCUAGAAGACUGUCGGUUGAUGGGAGGAUAGAUAAUUGUAAUGCCGAGUGCAUGGUAGACAGAGAGUUUGCUAGGGCGAGGCUGUCGGACGUCGGUGGAGCUUCAACCAGCACGUCGUUCGCCUCCGAUGACUCCUUCCUCGGUGGCGGUAGCGGAGGCAUGAUGCACCCUAGCGAUGCAAACUUCAUGAGAGGGAGCCCUAUUAGGAUCCCCAAGAUUGUGAAGAAACAAGGAGACACCAUUUCUAAAGGCCACAAGAAUUACGAGCUUAUGCUUAAUUUGCAGCUAGGAAUAAGGCAUUCUGUUGGGAGGCCGGGUCCACCGCCGUCUCUAGAUCUCAAAUCUUCUGCUUUUGAUCCGAGGGAGAAGUACUGGACGAGGUUCCCUCCCGAGGGAAGCAAAAGCACGCCACCUCAUUCAUCGUGUGAUUUUAGAUGGAAGGAUUAUUGUCCCAAAGUUUUCAGAGCAUUGAGGAUGUUAUUCAAGGUUGAUGCUGCAGACUACAUGUUAUCUAUAUGUGGAAAUGAUGCUCUUAGAGAACUAUGCUCUCCAGGAAAAAGUGGAAGCUUUUUCUACUUGACAAACGAUGAUCGUUAUAUGAUCAAGACCAUGAAAAAGUCAGAAGUAAAAGUGCUUUUGAGGAUGCUAAAUGCAUAUUUCAAUCAUGUUCGUUCAUUCGAGAACACCCUCGUGACCAGAUACUUCGGAUUGCAUUGUGUUAAGCUAAGUGGGCCAGCCCAAAAGAAGGUGCGAUUCAUCAUCAUGGGGAAUCUCUUUUGCACGGACUACACGAUACACAAACGGUUUGACUUGAAAGGGUCAACUUUUGGGCGGUUGACUGAGAAGCCUGAAUCCGAGAUUGAUGCCACCACAACUCUCAAAGACCUUGAUCUAAACUUCAUUUUCAGAUUGCAAAAGUCUUGGUUUCAAGAAUUUCGCAGGCAAGUGGAUAGGGACUGCGAGUUACUUGAGCAGGAGAGAAUAAUGGACUAUAGCCUUCUGGUUGGCCUUCAUUUUAGAGAAGCCAGUAGCACCGGAGAUCAAACGCCUACCGACUCCACCACUCCUACUGAAAACGAAGGAAGCUCGGAAACAGAAUCUGUUGUGCGGCUAUCUCGAGCAGAGAUGGAUCAAUUGCUUGUAGAUCCAGCCGGGUGGUCAACGAUAAGCCUGGGAAUAAACAUGCCGGCGAGAGUGGAGAGGACGGAGAGGCGGAGCGACGCGGCGGAGGUGCAGCUAGUCGGGGAGCCGACGGGAGAGUACUACGACGUCGUUCUCUUCUUCGGCAUCAUAGACAUCCUCCAAGACUAUGACAUCACCAAGAAGCUUGAGCAUGCUUACAAGUCCAUCCAAUAUGAUGCCACCACCAUCUCCGCCGUCGAUCCCAAGGCUUAUUCCCGCCGCUUCCGGGACUAUAUCUUCAAAGUCUUUGCAGAAGACUGACUCCAUCACUCCAUUAUCUUCCACCUUUUUCAUUUACAGUUACAAUUUUCUUUAAUUUCUCUUCGUUAUAUACUGUAUUUUUCAUAAUUUGUUAAUUAUGCAUGUAUGUAAGAGCGAUACCCACACAUACUCGAGAUAUUAAUUGUUGAAAAAUGUAUAGAUAAUCUUUUUUACAGUACAAUAUUCAUAGUUAAAGAAG